GAAGAGUAAAGAUGGCGGCGCCCGCAGGUUGCAUCUUGUGAAAGUCUGCUCGUCGGGUCAAAGCUAAAGUCUCCAUGUGUGAAAGUCUGCGGGAAGACGGACGGAUUCAGACAUGCUCACAAAUACGACCCGCUGUGUUUUCGUCCCCGCUGCUUUAUUGAAAGAUGCGGGACGAGCGGCUGCAGUCGGCGGGUCGUGCUGCCCUCAGGCCCGGAGACGCUUCGGUGUCAGCCGCUGUCAUUUCAUCAAGCCUCCGCCGAGACCCAAACCCCGGGAGACCGUGGACAUCCCCGACCUGGAGACGAUCACGUACGGAGAGAGGAUGCACCACGUGCCGGGCCUGGCCAAGCCCGUGUUCCCGCACUGGGAGCCGGAUCACAAGAACCCGAGGUUUUACAAGGCGCCCCCCGCUCAGCAGAUGCCGCUGUUCAAAGACACGCCGUGCUUCAUGUUCAACCAGAGGACCAACGUGCUGGAGGGUGUGCGUCAGGCUGCCUGGUUAACCAAAACCAAAGUCAUGCCCAGUUUUCCGUCUCAGCUCCUCUCUCGUACAGAGAAUCUUGAAGAGCAGAUUCCUGAUGUGGAUGAGCGAGUGCAGAACGCCAUCAAGCACGCUCGGUUCUGGGACACGACGGAGAAUCGACCCAAAAAAGAGAAAUACUGCAACACUCUGCUCCUCAACCUGCUCCAUCUGUGUGGCAUGCUGCAGCCCAGCCACUCGGCCAUCGGCAGGCGGAUGUUUACAGAGGACUACUCUCUGGCCGUCACGUGGAAAAGAGGUGAGGACCUGUUCCAGGUCCGGGGCCGGAACGGUUUGCUGCACAGCAGCAUGGAUCCUCUGCCAGCGGUCUGUGGAAAAGACGAAGUGUCCGACACCGCAGAUCACACUCUGGAAACUUUCUAUCCCAUCUCCCCCACCAUCGACCUGCAGAAGGCCAACGUGUACAAAGAGAACCUGAACUGCACAGGCUUCAGGGGUAACUCCCCCUACCCUCACGCCCACACGCUCUACUUCCUGGAGUCGGCCGAUGUCAACUGCAAGCUCCGCCCAGAGCAGUUCAGAGCCAAGAUGGCCAUGUUUACGUUUGGGAAUGCUCUGUCGCGUGCGUACCAGCUGUACGGGACGGAGCCCCAGCAGCUGUUGGAGCGCCCUGUGACCGUGCAGGCGGUGGGCACCAACGGGAGAAUAUUCCAGUUCCUCGUGUUCCAGCUCAACACCACAGAUCUGACAGGAGACGACGGCGUCAAAAACCAGAUGUGGCUGGAUGAAGAUGUUGAGCUGUAUGAUUUUGCAAAAGUUCGUCCACUCAUCAAGAAGAAGGAAGUGAGGGUUCCAGCUGGUCUGUCGGGAUACAAGCCCGAAGUCUUCAGGAAGUUCCUGGCUCUGUACCUGCAUGGAGCCGAGUAGGAAAACAAAACGGCCAACAUGCCACCAGGAGUCUCUUCUUUUCAAUAUUGUCAACUAUAAAUGUCCCACAUGUGUUUUUCUUCUGUUGGUAUUAAACUAUUCAUUGAAGAG